UUGAAUUAAGUUUUCCAUUAGCAUUUUUCGCAAAAUAUUUCGUCAUAAAAUGUGUAAACACCACUACAAGUAAUUUUCUGGAAGUAGUGGGGUCAUUAUUUACUUACCUGUCUUACCUGCUAAUUAUGUUUUUAUUCUGUUGUAGCGGAAAAGUUCUUUCUCAAAUUCUAUCGUAAAAAAAGAUUUUAUAAGUUUUAAUCAGAUAAUAUUAUGGAGCUUUUUAAUUGUUUUUUCUUUCUAUAUUUUAAUUUAAUUAAUGUUGAACUUUUAAACUUAAAAUUCUAUUAAUUUUAAUAUUUUGGAUUUAAAAGAAAAGCUCUAAAGAGUUCAAUAAAGAACAAUUGAAGCUUUUCCAAUUUUUUUUUAACAAAAAUACAGAAAUAAUUUUAAUCCUGAAUUGGUUUAUUUACUCAACACAAAAUUUAUUUAAUUUAUACAUAAAAUUAGUUUUAAAAGAAAAUUCUGCAAAAUUGAGUAUUUUAUUCUAUUUUUCUCUCAAGAAAAUAUCUCCAUAUAUUUUUGCAUUUAUAGCCAUUUAAUUAAAUUCCUUCUAAUCUGCAAAAUGUGAUAAGAAGAGAAAUAGUUGCUGAAUGAGCUUUUGCAUGAAUUUCUCCAAUUUCUCGUUGAAUAUACCCACCAAUUAGAGAUUUAUCACUAAAAUGGCUUUUUCUCUUGCAAUUUCUUCUCAAACAACUCACGGUAUAUAUAUUUGCUAAUUUGUGUGCUUGUGAAAUUGAACUACAUCCAAAUGGCAUUAUACACCAUUCAAUACUCAAUUAAUUCACCUUUUUAUUUAUCUUCACAUCAACGUGAUCAACUCUCCUUUGCAUGUCUCUUUUCUCAAUUCCCAAUAGUAUAAAAGGCUUUUCUCUUUUUUUUGGGUGAAUGGCAUACGGAUGGUUUUGUGCGAUUUCGUGGAAAGCCUUCCAUCCAACAUGAGGAGAAAAGAUAAAAUUAGUUUUUUUUUUGACGUGAUUCAACCGUGUGCGCGGGUGAAGAAAAAGUCAUGAUGGGAAAGUGUUUUGGAUUUUUGUGUGAAACAAAAUUAUGUUUGUUAUGAAAACAGUGGAGAGAAAGCGAAUCGAUUUUGUCUUGCUGGGCUUUUUUUUUUCGCCAUAUAUAAGCGCAUUGGCGGAAAAUUUUGCUAUUUCCUCAAUCUCUCUUUGUUGAUUGGAAUGAAAUGCAAUCCAAACGUCUCCCACACACACGUAUGCUGAAGUAAAUUGUGUUAUGCAGUAAGAGAUUGGUGAAAAGUACAGAUCAAUGCUGAAUGCCUUGAAGCAGAUGCAAGAAAUUUAAAAAUUUCGUUUAAAUAUUUAGUCAGCUUUUGAUGUUUCUUAAAUUCUUAGAAUUAAACAUAAAAUUACUUUAAUUUUCAAGGAAUCUGUUGAAAAAAAAUUGAAAAGAAGGAAUGAAUUAACUUAUUAUUAUACUGCUUCAAUAUUUCUUUGCAGUACCUGUAGAUUGUGAAAUUUGAUCAUUAUUUCGAUAAAAUUACAUUGAUUUUAAACACAGGAAAUCUCCCGAUGAAGUAAGAUUGCCAACGUCAAAUUCAAUCAAUAUACAAUCUCAAUUUCUUUCCUUGCAACUUCUGUCUUUUGCAAAACAUUCCCAUCAAUGUAUAUUUCUGACAUGAUAGUAUACAUAAUAAAUUUAUUUAAUUAACCAUUUAGUGAUUUUAUCACCGAGAAAAAUAAUAAAAAAAGGAAGAAAAAGAAAUGGUGUAAAAAUUGGAGAAAAAAUGUCAGAAUAAAGUGAGUGUAUAAGCGAUUGUUGGAACACAAAUCCACUAUCCCACUCCACUGCCACAGUUUCACUCGACAUCGUGCGCGAUAUGUUCUCAAUUUCCGCUCUGUAGAUUAUUUAAUUUCAUUUUUAUGUGUGGCGGCAUCAUCGAUUUGUGACGAUGAUUGCCUUCAAACUUGGCUGGAGUUGUGUGCGGUUGAUUAAUUGACAUUUCAAAUGUCCAUCAUAUUGAAUGCAUCUUGGCAUGAUGAUGCACCUUAUUAGAUCUUUAUAGGUAUACGCGGAGGACCAAAAAGAGUGACAGAUUGGAAAUAAAAAACGGAACAUAUAAAAGAAAGAAAAUUCUCAAGAUUGGAAAAAUGGAGUGGAAAAGAAAUAAUUGAAGAUUAUUGUGGCAUAUUGAGGUGAUUUUAAUUCUUUACCCGAGACUUCUUUUACACCAUUGCGGAUUGGAUGCAAUUUCUAUAUCUUCUAACGCAUUCGAAGGGGGAAUUAAAUAAAAUUUAUUAUCACAUUCAAGUGAAAAAGCAGUACAUUGCAUUAUUUAAGAUUAUUUUUCUGUACGUUUAACCCCAUAAAUUGUCAGAGAUCUUAUCCAAUGACUUAUAACACAUAAAAUAAUGUAUAAAAUAUGAUUUUUGCAUUUCUUUUUAACCUUCCCGCAUGCAUCUUCACUUGAGAAUUAAUUUUUUUUUUAAAGAGAGAAAUUUUUCUUGAGGAAUGUUUUCCGGCUUUUUCUUUUAUUACUCUUUCUCCGUAAAGAUCUCAUAAGAUGUGUAUUUUUACUGAAACUCUGUUGUUACAGCAUUUAGUGAAGAAAAUGAGUGAGAAAGAUGGGGAGGAGGAGAUUGAGUGAGAAGGAGAUGUGCAAAGAAGUAACAAAAGUUCGAACGCCAAAGUUCUCAUAGUAAAUUGUUUAUUAUUGCUUCAGAUGGAAUUUCUCUGUAAAGAGAGAAGGAAAAAUAUAUAUAGGAGGAUGAUUAAAUUCUCUUUUUGAUUUUUUUUGUUGCAAAGAAAAAAACAAAAUUGCCGUUGAAAUUCUAGAGGUGAGAAAAAGUGGAAUUUAAAACUCCAAAAAUUAGGUGUCAAUUAGUGAUAAUUUAAACGUAAUGAUGAAUAAUCGCUAAUUUUGAACUAAUAGAAAUUUUGGAAGUAUUUUUUUUAUUUAGUUAUCUGGUUUUAUACAGUCAUAAUUGGUUAUAUAUUUUCUCAAAUUUGUGUUGUUUGAUUAAAAAUUCUCUGUUUAUCUUCACGGAAUUUCCUCACACUCAUUUUAUCAAAGCAUUGUUUGUACAAAUUGUCAAAUAAUGUCUUCCCACACACCUCAAAAUUUAUUUUCUCUCUGUUUUCUUUUCUUAUCGAAAUUCUCUGAAAUAUUUUACGAUUUUUUUUAUUACAUUUAGUGUAUGUACAAUGUGACCUUGGGUGGCAGGAAAUAUUUUCAAGUUCAUCAGAAAUUUUAUAUUUAAAUUAAACAAGAGUCACGCAAGUGUAUAGGAGAGAAGUUGGUAGAUUAAUAAGUUUUUCUUGUAUAGUUUUUUUUGUAGUUUAAUAAAUUUAAUUUAAAAGAAAAUUCUUAUGUAGAAAAAUACAUAACAAAACAUAUGUAGGUACAUAAUUAAUUACAAAAAAAGCUUGUAAAAGCUUUAAUAAUUAAACCGAAGUGAAGAACAAUUAUUUUCUUAGAUAACUCACAAUAUUGCUAGAUAGAAGUUCACAAAUCAAGGGUUUCCGGAAAUCCUUUGAAUUUUUCAUGAAAAUUAUCAAUCUAAACUAUAUUAUUUAAUUACAUAUUAUUACGUAUUAUGACAGCUAAAGUGAGAGAAUUACGAAAGAGUUGCGCAGUAAGUUUCCUUUGUCAGUCCAAAACACUUUAUUUUAUCUUCCUGGAAGCCCAAGAACUUUCUGUUAAUAAGAUAAGCUCAACAAUCGUAUCUAAUUUCAUUACAUCGCUAUAACGUGGUGAUCCGGAGCAGAUGUUAAGUGAAUGGGAAUUAUGCGUCGUUGAGAGUUACUAAAACAUAAAAAAAGAAAGGACAUGAGAGCAAAAAAAAGAACCUCCAACAAAAAGUACAGGAAGAAGAGGUCCCCUUACGGCUUUCUAUCGUCUCAUUCAAGGAGAUCUUUGGGCUUGAUAUAAAAAAAAGGCAAAAAUCUCUUAAGAAAUUGAGAAUGAUUCAAGGCUGCAUCGAGAAGGAAAAGCUCGCUCCUCCAUUAUAUACCUGUUGUGCCAUCUACAUUCACCUUCAUAUUAAUCUUCCUUCCAUGUUCUUCUUCAUGACGGCAAUUUGAUACAGAAAUUCCUUGUACUCCUCCCACAAAUGGGUCACAGGGAUGCGGGAAUACAAAAUACCAUAUUAUACAUUUUUUUUGUUGUUGGGAAAGAGAGGAGAUAUGGAAACCUGAAGAGAGGAAGAGAAACAUGACCUUUAUUUUGACAUUGUCUGCUCCUUCAUAAAAUUGAUUUUCAGGAGAUGAAUCAUAAAAAAAACCCCAAGAAAGGAACAAGGACGUAUAAAAAAAACUUCUCCACGCACAAUCCCUCAAAAUGUGUGUGUACAUAAAAAUGAGGAAGAUUUUGGAGAUUGAUUAGAUUCACCAAAAUAUCGUUCAACUUAAUGGAUUUCAAUGUGAUUUUAAACUGAACACAGACCUCUCAACAGCCUUGGAAUUUCUUGAAAUGUUCCAUUAAAUGAUUUUCUCAAAAACUCAUCACUCUAAAACCACAAUGUGCUUGGGUGCUACCUACAACUAUACAAUACCUUCUGCAUCAAUAAAGUCUGCAUUGGUCGGUGCGGCAUCUCUAUGAAAAAAAACUCUGAAGUUUUCUUGAAAUUGUGCGGAGUCUUUUUACGACGACGAUGGUUAUGAUUUUACAAGCAUAGACUGGGGGAAAAUCAAUUGGUUUCCCUCGGAUUCUACGGCAAUAAAUGUUAAUGUUUGUUAUUCAAUUUUUUUUCUCUGAAGAGAUAUUUUUAUGUUGGAUGAAAAGCAAAAAUUCUCCAAAAAUGACAAAAGAAUGUUUUUUUUUGUUGAGAUUUUCUUCAAGAAUUUUUUUCUGGGAGUUUCUUUGCUUAAAAAUUUAACGGAUAAAAUGAAAAUUAAAUAUCAAAAUAUCUCUUACGUAGGUUUAUGCGAAUAUAAAAAAGCUUUAUAGGAAUUAUCAUUAUGAGUAUAUAUAGCAUCCAACCAUAAAUCACUUGAACAUUUUUGCGUAAAGAAAAGCGAUAAAGGGGACAAAAAAAAAGUUCGCACAUUGCGAAAUUUAUUUGCAAAAGGUCUCCAUAUAUUUUUUUUUCAACAUGAGUGAUAAAAUGAAAUUGUGUAUGAAAUUCGUUAACCUCGAAUUUUUUUUUGGGCGUUUAUUAUUUAAUCUUGAUAAGGUGAUAGUACCUCCUUCCGUCCCUCAGUGUAUCACCUUCAAAGAGAAAGACCCAACGAAUGUUUCCUUGUUUAAUAUCUCCAUCACAAAAGCAUGACUGAUGGCAUGGAGUGUACGUGACAAAUGAGAAGUGAAUUAUUUGUCAUUUUAUGUAUGAGCUCAUUUUAUUUUUGCUAUAUAGGCGAUGGUCAAAGGGGAAGUUUUGGCAAAUGGGACACUAUUUUGUCAUACAUAAUAUACUGAAUCAUACUGUGUUUUGGCUAAAUUUGGUGCUUCACUUUGGUUGUCCUUGGGGCAAACAGAGGGGGUCACACAGUACAGCCUUAACCCCAUGUGUGACAUAAAAGAAUUUAUUAUAAAGAAAAAUAAUCAGAAAGGAAAUGAAAGAAAAUUAAGUUUUUUAUGAGAAAGUUUCUUUGAGCUUUGAGUUAGAAUUAUGUUACCUAGUUGAAUAAAUAUCAGCAAAAAAAGCUUUGAGCUGAAACGUUUUUUUUUAGCAACAGAGAUUAAAGCUGCACUGCGUGAUAUUAGUGUAUUUAGCAAAAAGCAAUUUUUUAGGGUAGAAAGAGCUCAUGGAUCUUUGAAGAAGAGAACUUUGUGAGACAAGAAAAAAUGAGAUUAAUUUGUGCUGCUGAAGGUGUACAACACCACAAGAGAUAUCCCAGACUCUGAUCUCCACAAUCAUCUUCGUCAAUCUCUGCUGUAAUGCCUUGAGGCGAAACAUUGAUCCGGAGACCUUUUGUUGGAUAUAUGGGGGGGUUAUUAGGGUGCGAGGUGGAAGAGAGAGAGAACGAAAAAAAAUUGGGAAGGAAUACUAAAAGCAAACGAAAUUCAUUUUUUUUUGGACAAUAAAACUAAAAUGUUGUAUCCUUGGAGCUUUUGUUGCCUCCAUUCGUCCUGUUUUUUCUACACACGACACCUCCAUGUGAGUGUCUUCGGGGGCACAUGGUGUGUGAGCUUCUUUCACAAAAUUAUUCACCUUAACGAAAAUCUUUUCUCUUUUUUUUUCGCUUCCUUCACUCUCUACUCCUCCGACUUCCCUUUUACACGAGAAAUUUUGUAUGAAUGUGUGUGUGGCUUUAGUCUGGACAGUAAAAAUGCAUAUGUAUUUAGAGACUUUUGUGUUAUUAUUUCCAUUUUUUUUUGUCCGUUUUGGAUGUUCCAAGAGGUUGGAAAAAAAUCUCUUUUUCGGGUAUCAACGCCACAGACUUUGUAAUAAAUCAGUUUUGCCGGAGAAUUUGUCGAGUGAACAUCGUCGGGGUUCCUUGCUAUAACUUUCAUUUUGUUGUUAGGCAUAUAAAACCCCCCUUUUGAAAGAAAUAUUGCGGUGUAGAAAAAAAAGAGCCCCACGAAAUUGUUGACGUGUGUUUUCACGACAGAUAAAUCGACUUUAUAUACCUACCUACCUACCUACUAUACAUAAUAUAUUUCAAAUUGAUUUCCAUGAUAGUGAAAGAAAGUGGGAUGGAAAAUGAUGAAUGUUUAGUGAGAGAGACAAAUUAAAAUAUUAAUAAAAUGACAUAGUGUGGCUUCUUCUAGCAUUCAACAAUGUUUAAUAGAAAAAAGGAUAAUUUCAGUGUGAAGUCCUAAAUCAAAGUUAUGCCUUUUAUGGCCUUAACACGUUCAAUGAGGGGAAAUUGAAUUAAAAUAUUCCAAUCUUUCUCUUUCACCUUUCAUUUCUUCACUAUCUACGUGUCUGUGUGUGUGUGUUAGGAGCACGUGGAAAUUUUAUUUAUGCAUUUCUUCAUGAAUCAAUUUAUCAGGUUGCCGGUCGUGAGUGACUGUCCGGCAGGUCAGACUGCUAGAGUUACAUCCAACCUCCACUCUUCCAGUAGCAGUAGCAGUAGUACAAUGGCGGUUAGUAGAGUACCGUCACCACCGUUACCGGAAGUGAAUACACCAGUUGCUGAAAAUUGGUGCUACACUCAGGUGAAAGUCGUUAAAUUUAGCUACAUGUGGACGAUAAACAAUUUUAGCUUUUGCCGGGAAGAGAUGGGCGAAGUACUAAAAUCAUCCACCUUCUCAGCUGGUGCUAACGACAAACUCAAGUGGUGUUUACGUGUCAAUCCAAAAGGGCUGGAUGAAGAAAGCAAAGACUACCUGUCCCUUUACCUUCUCUUAGUAUCAUGUAACAAAUCAGAAGUUAGAGCCAAAUUUAAAUUUUCUAUUUUAAAUGCAAAACGCGAGGAGACCAAAGCGAUGGAGUCACAAAGAGCGUAUAGAUUUGUUCAGGGGAAAGAUUGGGGCUUCAAGAAGUUCAUAAGGCGAGACUUUCUGCUCGACGAAGCGAAUGGGCUGUUGCCAGAAGAUAAAUUAACAAUAUUCUGCGAGGUUAGCGUCGUAGCUGAUAGUGUUAAUAUAUCAGGCCAGAGUAAUAUCACACAGUUCAAAGUGCCCGAAUGCAAAUUGUCUGAAGAUCUGGGGAAUCUUUUUGAUAGUGAGCGCUUUAGUGAUGUCACACUGGCUGUUGGAGGACGAGAAUUUCAGACACACAAAGCAAUUCUUGCUGCGAGAAGUCCUGUCUUUGCUGCAAUGUUCGAGCAUGAGAUGGAAGAGAGGAAGCAAAAUCGUGUCGCCAUUACAGAUGUGGACCAUGAAGUGCUCAAAGAGAUGCUUCGAUUCAUUUACACAGGGAAAGCACCGAAUUUAGAAAAGAUGGCUGAUGAUCUCCUAGCAGCCGCAGAUAAGUAUGCCCUAGAAAAGCUGAAAGUGAUGUGCGAAGAAGCGCUGUGUGUUAAUCUGUCUGUGGAAACGGCCGCUGAUACCCUCAUUUUGGCUGAUCUGCACAGUGCUGAUCAACUUAAAGCCCAAACGAUAGAUUUCAUCAAUACACAUGCAACUGAUGUGAUGGAGACGCAGGGGUGGAAAAAUAUGAUAACAACCCAUCCGCACCUCAUUGCCGAGGCAUUUCGCGCCCUAGCGACGCAACAGGUCCCACCAAUUGGUCCCCCGCGGAAGCGUGUGAAGAUGAGCUGAAAUAAAUUGUUGAUCAGCGGGGCGGCCCUUGCGACGUUAUCAACAUUUAGCAAUGGUGCCGAUAUUUUUGACACACAGUGUGACAAUUGCAAUACAAUCAGCAACAACAAUGGGAUUGAUAACACCAAGGCAGCACUCUUUCUCCCAUCGACAUCUUCAACACUGACAACGGCAUGUGCCACAAAUUCCGCAAUUGUUGUCCAAGGAUCACAACAACUCAACACUUUCCACCAUCGACACCAUCAUCACCAUCUACGGCAGACGUCUUCUGUGAUGCACCACUCUUCCGCAGCCACACAAUCAGCCAGCAUCGCCCUAAGUGGUGGAGCUGAUGAUAAAAUUGGCAAGAUCUCCAUUGUGAGUGACAAUUUGAUCCUCUCGCACCUGCAGCAGCAGCAACGAUCUGUCUAAAAAAAUUUGGUGAGGAUCAACAAUUUUUUUUUUAAACUAAAAAUAAUAUUUGUCAGAAAAUUAAUUAAUAUUCGUAGAUGGUGAACAAUUUGCACUUCCUUAUCUUCCUUUUGAAAAACAAAACAAAAACACUUCCGAAAUUGAGUUUAAUUAGUUCACGUGAGAGAGGGUGGUUUAAUAAUAUUAUUUGAUAACAAAAAUAUGCACAAAAAAUUGAACAAAGUUAUUUAUUUUUCGUUGUGUGAAUUUUCAGGGGUUGUGGGAAAAAAUGAUGAGGGUGGAAAAUUUAGUAGAUUUACUUUGAGAUUCUUUAAAAAAAAACAUUUGUUGAUUCAAAGUUUUUUUUUUCUAUUUAAUUGCCAUCAAGAUUGAGAGAUAAUUGUCAUUUUGACAGAAGGAUAUUUGACAAAUCCAUAAAUACUGUCAAAAGUAGAAUUCUGUCAUUAUUCUUUCUCCAAAAGCUGUCAAAAUAUUUUAUUUGACAGUUAAUUUCAGCUGUUACAUUGUCACUUUGACAAAAAUUUUGACACGUUAGGAAGUGCUGUCAAAAUUAAACAUCUGUCAUUUUUUCUUCACUGUAAGCUGUCAAAGUAAUUUACUUGUCAUUCCAUCAUUUCCGUAUGCUUUUAGUUAUUUGGCAAAUUCUUGAGAUUUCACAAUUUAAAUAAAAUUCUGUUCUCUGAAAUGUCACUGUGACAGAUGUUUGACAGUUCCUAGUUGAAUUUGAAGUUUUAAAAGAAUUGAAUUUAAUUACCUUUCACAUGAUUUUGAAUUAAAUCUCUCUCAACAUAAAUUAAUCACAAUAUCAUAAAUUCUCUUAAUUUGAUAGCAAAAUUUUUGACAGCUCCAAUAUUCAAACGUAACCGCCAUGCAUUUUUUCUCACGCCCUCUGUAAUUAAUUUAAUUCCAUGAAUUUCCUGGAUUAAAUGUGAAAUUAAUUAAUGAAAUUAGAAAUUAUCUUAAAGAAGAAGAAAAAAAGAAGUAUUUAGUAAUUAUUUUUGUUGUGAUUAAAAGAAAUUAAAUUAAAAAAAAAUGAGUGUUCCAAAUGUCUAAGGUUCCAUUAUAUGAAGAAUAAAAAAAAGAAAAUAUAAGCAUAAAAAUAAUUCCCAAUUUUUGGAGAAAGAAGGAUUUUUGAAAUAAAUUUGAAAAGAAGGGUAGAGAAAACUUUGGAAGGAUUCCUCCCGUACCCCCCUCCUUGCUUUUUUGUAUAGUAGAAAAGUUAAAGGAUAAAAAAAUAAAUAAAAUUUAGGUAUUAGAAAUCAAAGGUAAAAAAAAAUCCCAUGUGAAAUUUGUAAAAGUUUUCAAUGAAAAGUAGAAUAAUAAAAUGAAAAAGAAAAAAAAUCAAUAGGCAUAGAAAGUGUUGAGAAGUUUUUUGCUACAUUUAAGGAGUUUUUUGUAUACCAAAUAAGUGUAAAAGGAAGUUAAACUUGUGACCCCCCCCUGACCCCCGUAGAUACAGUUCUGAAUUAAAAGAAAAAACAAUAGAAGUGUAAAAAAAAUCAGAAAUAUCAAUUAAAAAACUAAAUAAUUGCGGAAAAUAUAAUAAAAACCAUUUAAUUUGUAAGUCAAUAGAAUAUUUUGCUAAAAAAAAAAAGAAUUAUGAAAUGGAAAAAAAAUCUAGACAUAAUUUUUCAAUUUGUGUGAAAAAGAAUUUUUGUUUCUGAACAAAGAACAAUGAAGAAAUAAAAUAAAAUAAAAACAAUUUGAAGUUGCUAAAAUGUGAUUUUUUGCUGGAGAAAAAAAAGUGAGAAAAAAGAAGGAAAUUUGUGUGAAAGUGAAAAGUUUUCUUUAAUUUUUUUUAGAAUCUUAGAAAAUGAGAAAACUCACGGAUUUUUUUGUGCUAAAACGCUUCAGAGAGUGUGAAAAAAUGGGAGAAUGACUUUGCUAAAUAUCAAUUUCUGUUUUUUUUGUGAAUCCCACCAAUAGGUAAUGAUUAAAAUAGUUUUUUUUUUGUAAUUUUCACUGCAAAACAUUAUUUUUUCUUUUCAAAUUAGUUAUUUUCUUUGCGCUAUAUUAUUUCCUAUUGCUAUUUUAUUUUUAUCACACUUUCUCUUUUUUUGUAUAGUAAUUAAAACGAUUUUAUAGUUAAAACAAAUAAAUGAAGUAAAAAAAAGUAAUGAAACAAUAUAUGCUUAAAUAAAAAAAUGUGAGAAUACAAAUUGAAAUAAAAAGAAAAAAACAAACCCUUAUGAUUUUCUCUUCUUUGUAUGAAUUUAAUAAAAUAUUUAGAGAAUUUCUUCAGCGUCCAACGUGAUGCGAGAGAAAGAAAAAACUUUCUGAAAAACAAAUCUAAAUGUUUAUUAAAUUUUGCAUAAGAAAGAUUAUUGAAUUAAAUGAUCUCUACAGGCGUUAAAAAUAACAAGUAAAAAUAAAUGAAUAAAGUUAAUGAUAAAGUAAUUGUAAUGAAAUGUAAAAAAAAAGGAAUUAAAAUAAUAAUCUUUGCAGAAAUGCUGAAGAAUCUUGAAAAAAAAAAAGAAUUAAUAAAAAAUGUUUGGUUGCUUGGAACCAACAUUUUGUGAGCGACGGAGAGGAAACUUUUGACACUCUUCUGGUUAAAAGAACAAUAAGAAGAAAAAUUGAAGAAAAAAAAUCUUUUUUGACAAUAUUAACACAGAAUGGGAAGAGAAAAAAAUCUUUAAAAACUUUUCAAAAAAUAAAGAAAUUAAUACAGAAUUUUAAAUUUGUUUUUGGCCUAUCAAACUCAAUUGAUUUUGAAGAAAAAAAACUAAAAAAUUUAACAGCAAAUCAGACAUUUGAAAAACAAACCAAUACCGACAUAAAAAACAUUUAAAAAAUAAAAUAAAAUUUAACCAACUUAGAAUCCUUUUAAUAGAAUUGAAAAAAUAAAAAUAAAAUGAAAAUAAAGUAAGUAAUUAUGCCAUACAUGUUCUGUGAUAUGUGAAAACAACCAAUAAUCUAUUUCGCGCUCGCAUUCACAUUAAUUUUGUUCAUUUUUCCAGGCAAAAUUUAAAAAAAAAACAUUUUUGAAUUUUUCUUUCAGAAUUUUGAAAGAGGGAAAGAAAUUUUCUUAAAUUGAAAAAAUUCGUUAAAUUUAAUUCGUUUUUUCAACUUAAUUUUUUUUUGAUAAAUGAAUUAAUUAAAUUAAUAUUCUCCUGAAGAAAAAAUCGGUGAAUCUGCUAAAUAAAGGAGGUAUUAUUUGAGGGAAGACACAAAAAUAUAAUCUUGUAGAAAAUUUAGAACGAAGUUUAGAAAUCAUUAAACAGAUUUAACAUUUUCAUUUGAAAUCAGUUGAGAAAAUUCGUCAGUUUUACAUCAAAAUACAAAGAAUGACGUCACUUUAGUGUUUUUGUUUCAUUUAAUACAUGAAACAUUCUCCUCAGUGUUUCAUCAGUGUAUUUUUCAAAAUAACCUCCAAAAACAAAAUUUUAAUCAAACUUCAAAGAUCAUUUCAAAUUUAACGGAUUUAAAACCUCUCAAUAAGGAAAACUGAAAGAAAAUUCAAAAGAAAAAUCAACAAAAUUGGCAAAUCACUUCAAUUAUGACCAAAUGAAGUUUAAAUUUAAAGAAAAAAAAAACUUGUAGAAAUUGAAACAAAAACUGAAGAAAUUCUAUAAAUUCUUAAGCAAAAAAGAAAGAUAAUUGGUAUUAAAAAAAAAUGUGGAUAAAAAUCAACUAAAUUUUUGUGAACAUGUAAAAAACAAAUUGUUUGACUCUCUUCAUGCAGAAAACAACUUUUCCCAUCAUAGGAAAAUGCAUAAAAAAACAAACUAAAAAAAAGAGAGUCGAGUAACUAAUUUAAACAUUAGAAAACCUUUUAAUAAAAAACAAGAAUAAUUAACUAUUAAUGAUAGUGAGAAAAAAACAAGUGAAUGAUAAAAACACAUAACUAUUAAAUAAACAAAAAAAAAGAUAGAAUGAAAAGUGAAGAGAAACAACUACUACAUUAUAAAAAAAAAACAAACUACUAAGAAGUUCUCUAGGCAUAAUGAUCAAUGAAAACAACAAUUUAGUGUUUAAAGUUAAUAAAAAAUGAUGAUGAAGAAACCCUUAGAUUUAUGUAUAGAAGAGUGUAAAAAUAAAAUUUUCCUUUGGAAAAUAUUAAAGAAGAAGAAAAUGAGAGAAAAUCACAAAAAAGAUAAGUUUAACAAUUUUGAUUUAAGUGUAAGUCAUCGCCAUGUAAAUAAAUUCGUCAUUAUAAUGAAAAAAAAAGCAGUAAAGUGAAGAAA